UUCCGAGGACUUUAAACGUCUCAGCUAUUCCUCGAAAAAAAAGCUCCCAGACAGCUAGAAAUAUACUACUAGAAUUAUUUAACCAAAAAAGAAGAUAUUAACUUGAUGACGUGUAGAAGGCGCAGAGUAUAAAUAUUUCUUAUAUCUAACCCACAGUGCAACUUUCAGAAGGUACAUUGUAACAGUUCGUAUUCACCGAUUGAUGGACUUCUUGUUUGUUCGGUCAUUACAAACAUCUUGGGGAAAGUGUUUAGAGGAGCGAAAAGGGAUUGUCAGGUUUGAACCAAAGAUUAUGACGACGUCACAAACAGCGUGGUCAAUCGUGCUCCGAUUAUUUUUACUACUAACUGUAGCCUCUCUACUCAUACCAUCCGCCCGAGGAUACGUUCUGCCAAAUUUAGACACAGUCCCAGAGGAAUCGAUGCUUCCGGAGGUUCAAGACAGUGACUACAAAGCCAACAGAGUAGCCGACAAAAUAGUACAAGUUUUAUUAGAAUCCAGAAAGGUCCACCACAGGGUUAAAAGACCGAGUAAGCACCAUUCCCCUUCAUCUCGUUAUCAAUUUAAACCGAGUAUAGCCGGACUUGACAACAUCGAUGUUGCUAUAAGUACUUUAGAAAGAGCUAGAGGAAGUCGGCAUCGUGAACCCGUGCUUGCUCUGGGAGGUAUGAGUUUUGCAGAUUUCAGGAAACUUUUUGAAAGCGGAAAACGAAGAUAACAUAGACUUCCGGACGAUGCGAAUUGGGUUCGUCUUCUAACCUUACUUCGCGGAUGAUAUAAAAGAGACUGGUUGGAGAGUAAUUUAUUUUCGUACCAUAUUUUAUCAGUGAGACCCUCAGAUAAAGUAUUUGUAUAUUUUGCUCUUUCACUAUAUUUAUUAAGUUAUUCACUUUAUGUAAGCACAAUUGAACCCAAGACAUGUAAUAUCUCAAUAUUAUAUAGACGAUGGCGCAGUAUGCCAUUGUGAGAAACAUUCCUGCAGUUUUGAACAAUUUUUCGUAUCAUAUCAACGCCAGCAUGUAUGCCGUAUGCGCACGUCCAGGAACACCUACAUUUAGAAGAAGAGGCCCACCUCUCCUACAUCCUGCUGCACCCGACAGUUUCUCAUAGGAAACAAACUGACACUUAUCUCUUUACUGAAAGGUUCAAUUGUUUAAUGUGAAAGUCCCAUGAUUUGACAAAUACUGAACAGAUCAAGAUUCAAGCGCAAUUAGUUGAACCAAAUCCCAAAGGAGAAAUGACUCUGGUAUAGCAAAAACCAAAGAAUAGCUAUUCCGAAUGCUUGACUCGGUCAAACCGAUACAAUAGUGCUUGCACAAGUAUGCGAAGUACUUUUACCACUUGCUGGUCAUGAACUGAUCUACCCAAAGAUACUUAAGUCGAGCUUUAGUUCAUGUUUUAGUUUGUUUUGCGUUUUAUUUAUAGUAGGCUAAGCCUUAUUGUGUCAUAUUGAGGAGUAAAGGUACUCCAAAUUUCAGUCCCAGUUUUAGAUGAAGCCAGGGUUGCCUGAGCAUUGUUAUGUACAAAACGUUUGUAUAUAUAAGAUGUGCAUUGAAAAUAUAGAA